AUGGCCAACAGUGAUGUUCUGAUCGUCGGAGCCGGCAUAUUCGGUGUCUCUACUGCAUAUUAUCUGUCGCUAUCUCUUCCGGACGCGUCGCGUGUGACUGUUCUAGACCGUGCCCCCGUCCCUUCCCGUCAAGCUGCGUCAACCGACAUCAACAAGAUUGUGCGAGCCGACUACAGUAAAGCCUUUUAUAUGGACCUGGCCUACGAAGCCUUAGAUCUGUGGACGAAAGAGGCAUGGUUGCAAGAACAUUUUCAUCAGACUGGCUGGGUCGCGCUCGAUGAAAAGGGAAGUGAUCUGAGUCAACGCAUCCGAGCUCUCUUCAAGCAAAGCGGAAGACCAGACACAAGCGCAGACAUCUCCUUGCAAGAGGUCAAGAGUAACUGGGGCGCUGUGCUUUCAGGUAUCAACACUGAUGGCUUCGAUAAAGCUUACACCAAUUCAAGCGCUGGCUGGGCCAAUGCUUCGUCAGCCGUCAGAGCUAUGAUGCAGAGAGCGAUCGAGAAUGGCGUCAAGUACCAGGUAGGUGAGGCUGACGAGUUGGUCUACUCUAAGAAUCAAGUCUCUGUGCGGACAACAGACGGUCAGACCCAUACCGGAGCCAAGGUCCUACUGGCUACGGGGGCGUGGACACCUUGGCUUAUGGCAUCUUUAGAAAGCGCCCUCUCUAUCCCGCCUGACAGAAGUAUCAACAAGCAGGUGCAAGCCGCCGGCGUAUGCGUUGCAGCGUUCAGAUUGUCUGAGCCUGAAAGCCAGCACUAUGGCCACAUGCCAGUGCUGAUCUAUGGUGGCCAGGGCGAAGUUUUACCUCCGACAGAUGAGCAGCUAUUCAAGUUUACCAAUUCCAACACUUUCCGAAAUACCCAACCACAUCCUUGCGGCCGCGAGAUCUCUGUCCCGGCGACAGAUCAACAUUCUAUUCCAGCUAGCUUGAAAGCUGAAUCGCUCGACAUUAUUCGACAGCGUGUACCAGAAAUUCUGGCCGAUCACCCAGAGCCCAGUGAGUGGCGUCUUUGUUGGGAUGCUGUCUCUCCAGAUCAGAACCAGCUCAUCUGCCAGCAUCCAGACCCGAGAUUGGCCAAUCUCUAUCUUGCAACGGCUGGAAGCUUUCAUUCUUGGAAGUUCCUGCCCGUGAUUGGCAAGUACGUGGCCAACGUCCUUGCUGGGCGAUCCAAUGGGAAGGAGAAGGACGCGACGUGGGGAUGGAAGACUUCAUUUGACAGUCGAGGAGCGCAUGAGAAGGUGCUUCCCCGACGCGAGCUUCCGCGUGGGUGA